AUGGGUUUGGCCAAGAGGGCAGUGCUGUUUUCGAUAAUGAUAAUGGUGGGUAUUUGUGGGUUAUCAAUGGCUGCUGUGUACAAUGUUGGGGACUCAGCUGGAUGGACAAUCUUGGGCGGUGGCCUUGAUUAUCAAGACUGGGCUGCUACCAAGAAGUUCUUUGUUGGUGAUAUCCUUGUUUUCGAGUACAACAACCAAUACCACGACGUGACGCAAGUGAAUGUCGAAGAUUUUAAGUCAUGCAACCCCGAGUCUCCCAUUACCAGAUAUGGGAAUGGUACCGACGCUGUCACCCUUGCAAGCCCUGGCGAGUACUAUUUCUUAUGUGGUUUUCCAGGCCACUGCCAAGCUGGUCAGAAGCUUCACAUAACUGUUAACUCGGCUGGCUCAGCAGCUUCUCCAAUUCCUCCAGCUAAUAAUGUUGCUCCUUCUCCCUAUACUACCAAGCUCAGCUCCCUGGCUAUGACCUUCGCCGUCAUCCUCCCCUCCUUUCUUCUGCUGGUUUAG